GGUAGCCAGGAAUAUAUAUCAUAAUUUCAUUGAUAUAAUUUUUAAUUAUUCCAAGCAGUGUCUACUUAAUCUGCUGCGGUUCUAUAUUCCACUAUGACCACGACAAAAACCCCCUUCUCCCUCGAAGCUCCGCCAGGCACUGACAUCUGGAGGAAGCCGCCAGGCACGAAUGUCUUCAGUGCUCCGGUCACUAAUACCGUCUCGGGCCUUCUCAAGAAGUUUCAAUCAGCCCGUGUCACUUUCUGGGCGGACUGGACUGAGCGAUAUGACCAAGCAGGUCUCCUACUAGUGCCAAGACGCCUCGCUGAUGCUGCCGUAUCUCCGCCCGAGAAAUGGAUCAAGACAGGCAUCGAGUUUUACUUCGGACAGCCGCAGCUUAGCACCGUAGGCUGCGAUCGUUGGGCCGAUUGGAGCGUCGCGCCCCUGACGUUGAAGGAAAACGAGAUUGAGCCCGGCAAGGUAGGUGGUGUCACCAUCGAAGUUGUUCGCGAAGGUGACGAGCUCGGGAAGAGUCUUUGGGUGUAUAGGGUCGUUCUUGAUAAGGAUGGCGGCGUUGUUGAUAGGGUUCCGCUGCGAGUAGGUGAUAUUACUCACGCUCCCCCCUUUUCACUAUCUUAGCGGUGGAAUUUUUUGAAAUCGAGAUUUCUCGAGAUUUCUGCGAACCUAUUGCUCCUAAUACAAGCACUAUGUACCGAGAUUCUUAUGAAGGGAAAGCUUUACUAAUUAUGGAUGCCGUAGGAAAUAUGCUGGGUGCUCGCGGA